AUGGUUCUUACAUUCGGCAUCAUCGGCACCAACUGGAUCACCGAGUCCUUCAUCCAAUGCGCUCAAGCAACAAACCAAUGGAAGCUGGCCGCUGUUUACUCUCGCUCUGAAGACUCCGCUCGCACCUUCGCCGACAAGUUCGACGUCAAGACCCUUUACACAUCUAUCGACUCUCUUGUUCAAGACUCGAACCUCGACGCCGUCUACAUUGCCUCGCCCAACUCUCUCCACUACUCGCAAGCAAAGACGGUCCUCCAAGCAAAGAAGCAUGUCAUCCUCGAGAAGCCCGCCACCUCGACUCUCGCCGAACUCGAGCAUCUGUUCAAGAUCGCAAAGGAAAACAAUGUCUUCCUGAUUGAAGCCUACCGCCAUAUUCAAGAAGUCAACUACAAGCUCCUCCGCCGCGUCUUGUUCGACGACAAGAAGUUGGGCACUAUCUUCGGUGCCAGUCUCAACUUCUCCAUGUACAGCUCGCGCUACAACAAUGUCCUCGCUGGCGAGACCCCCAACAUCUUCAGUCUCGAAAUGUCCGGUGGCUCCCUGGUAGACAUGGGAGUAUACCCCGUCACCUUCGCCCUUGCCCUGUUCGGCAAACCCAAGUCGCAGACAUACGCUCCCUUCAUCUGCCACACUGGAGCUGAUGCCGGUGGCUUCAUCGUCCUCCAAUACGAGAAGUUCGGUGUUCAGAUUCAGCAAUCAAAGUGCUUCACAUCCUUCGCUCCUACCGAAAUCUACGGCGAGAACGGUACCAUCAGCCUCAACUCCGUCACCGACAUUGCGAGCGUAAAGCUCUGGGACCGCAAGACCAAGCAGACCGAGGAGUUGGCAGAGAAGAAGGUUGAUCUGAACUUGCAGGAAGAGGCUGAGGAGUUUGCCCGCAUCAUCAACAACAAGGACGCCGAUGCUGCUGCUAAGCUCGAGCAAUUGAGUUACGAUAUUGUGUCCGUCACCUCUGACCUGAGAAGGCAGAAUGGAAUUUUGUAUCCUGCCGACAAGCAAUAG